CCAUUUCCUCAUGAAGAACGCUCGUGCCAUUACCCUAAAGCCAAACAAAUGGACGGAUGAGAUAUACAGUUCAUGUGAAGCAGCGAUGGUAGCAAUGAACAUGGCAAAAAGGAUAUUCAACAUGAAACUCUCGGCACCGAAUCUCUGUUCUUUCGCGAUCUAAGGAAGUAGCUGUGGUGAUAUGAAAAGCAUCAGUCAAAAUUGUAAAGUUUUCUGUGGAUUGUUCGAUGUUAGGGCAUUUGAAGGCGAUUUGUCGGAGAUCACGACGCUCUGCGAUGCGGAAAACUUGAGGGAGGUGCUUGUGCGCAAGAUCGGCCCACUCGCGGGGUGAUUAUGGCACCACAGCCUCAAAUUUCAUCGACAUUUCACAGCGGAGUGACCUCUUUUCCACCAAUGCCUAGAAAUCUGGCCGAUUGUUCCGGACGGAGAUUACAGCGGUCCUAGAAUCCGGCGAACAUUCGGAUCCCACUUCCACUCAAAGUACUAUGGCGGACAAGGAGAAUAUAUUUCGUCUCACUCGGGCUUCUAAGAAGAGGUUGGCCGAGGCUGCUACCCCCGACGACCGCUCCUCCAACAAGAGGCGGGUCGUUCUUGGAGAGCUUCCUAUUUUGCAGAAUGCUUCUUCUUCCCUCAAUCGGAAGUCCAGGUCUAGAGCUAGCAGGCAGAGACGGAGACUGAAAUCAAGGGAUAUUGCGGGGACAAGUGCUGCUGCUGCUGCUGCUGAAAUCAAUCCACUUCCGCAACGUGAUGUCACGUUAUCAGAUGAGGGCAAUUCGGAAGACCCCCAAAUGUGCAGGGGUUACGCCUCUGAUAUUUAUGACUAUCUUCGCGCAACGGAGACUGAUCCAAGAAGAAGGCCCCUACCAGAUUACAUCGGGACGGUGCAAAAAGAUAUUAGUGCCAAUAUGAGGGGAAUUCUGGUGGAUUGGUUGGUUGAAGUUGCAGAAGAAUACAAACUAGUUUCAGAUACACUAUACCUCUCUGUUUCAUAUGUUGACAGAUACUUAUCUCUAAAUGCAAUCAGCAGGCAAAAACUUCAGUUGGUGGGAGUUUCUGCCAUGCUCAUUGCCUCAAAGUAUGAAGAAAUUAGUCCUCCACAUGUUGAAGAAUUUGUUUAUAUCACCGACAAUACCUACAAUAGAGAAGAGGUGGUUGAGAUGGAGGCUGAUAUAUUAAAAUCACUGGAAUUUGAACUUGGAGAUCCCACAAUAAAGACAUUUUUAAGGAGAUUCACAAUGGUUGCUCAAGAGACUUAUGAGUUUAAUACAUUGCAAUUUGAAUUCUUGGGCUACUAUCUUGCUGAGUUAAGCCUACUAGACUACAACUGUGUCAAAUUUUUACCGUCCCUCGUUGCUGCAUCUGUUAUAUUUCUAGCACGAUUUAUGAUCCAACCUAAGAAGCAUCCUUGGAUCUCCAGGUUGGAGCAUUUUACUGGAUAUAAGCCAGCUGAUAUGAAAGACUGCAUUCUACUCGUACAUGAUUUAUACCUUAGUAGAAGAGGAGGCGCUUUGGCAGCUAUAAGGGAGAAAUACAAACAACACAAGUUCAAAUUUGUGUCUGUCAUGCCUUCACCUCCAGAGAUUCCUAUUCCAUAUUUUGAAGAUGUUAGAAUAUGAAUGUACAAGAUGACAAUAGUAGUUAGGAACUUACGAUAUGGAGUGAAUAGAAAUUUAUAUCAGAUAGGAAUCUGAAUUCCAGAGGCACGGUUCAGUUUUGAUGUGCACAGGCUCUAUAAGGCAUUAGCCGAUGGGCGAGUGUCCAAUUGGAAUGGAACAUUUUUUGUGCACUGGAAGGCAAGGCAAAGCAAAGCAAAGCAUGAAGGCAAAGCUGGCAUAUUUUCCCACAACAUUUUAUGCAUUUUCUUCCCUUGUAAAGAUGUUUCGAAAAACAGAUAACCCAAUGUGGCUCACUUGUUAGAUUUUAGGGUGUGUUCAGUAUUGUACAAAAUUCAGCAAUGCUCAUCAUGCAUUGGGCCAGAAGCCCAUUUGAAAGCA